AUGAAAGAAUCUGUUGAAACUAUAACUCAAUGUGAAAUAGAGCAAAGACAGCAGCAGUCACAACAAUUACAAAACCAAAAAAAUGAUUUUAAGAACUUUAAUAAUAGUGUUAAUAAAAUUCAGCGUAAAAAUAUUGAUAUUCCACAUAUCAACGAGUUGCCAGUUAAAGAUGUUUUAAAAAAAAUUAUUUCUUCACGCGAUAUUAAUAAUAAUGACUCUGAAGCAGAAAAUGAAAAUGCUUUUUUCGUUGCUGAUCUUGGUGAAAUUUAUCAUCAGCAUAUUUGUUGGAAGAAACUAUUACCUCUUCUAAAACUUUUAUCGGCUCUAGGUACAGGCUUUGAUUGUGCUAGUAAAUCUGAAAUUCAAACAAUUUUAGAUUUGGGAGUAGACCCAUCAAGAAUUAUUUACGCAAAUCCAUGUAAACAAGCUUCUUUUAUCAGAUUUGCUUCUGAACAUAAAGUGAAAAUGAUGACUUUUGAUAAUGUUGAGGAAUUGUACAAAAUCAAAAAUUUUUUCCCUGAUGCUCAAUUGGUGUUACGUAUUCUUACUGAUGAUUCAAAAUCAUUAUGUAAAUUGGGGUUGAAAUUUGGUGCAUCAUUAGACUCUGUUGAGUUGCUAUUACAAACUGCUAAAGACCUAGAUUUGAAUGUUAUUGGUGUCAGUUUUCAUGUUGGCAGUGGUUGUUACGACGAGAAUGCGUUUGUUGAUGCAGUCUAUCGUGCAAAAUAUGUAUUUGAUAAAGCUUUAAAUUAUGGAUUUAAUUUCACUUUACUUGAUGUUGGCGGUGGAUUUUCUCACGUUCAUCAAAGUGUUACUCUUUCAUCUGCAAUCGAUAGACAUUUCCCUGUAGAAACUAAUGUGCGUAUAAUCGCAGAACCUGGUCGUUAUUACGUCGCAGCAGCUUUCACAAUUGCUACUCAUAUUAUUGCAAGAAGAGCUAUCACUGGAAAUCAAAGUCAAAAAAGUCAAAGCACGAAUAAUGUGUUCAAAGAUUCAUCAUCAUCCGUGAGUAAUUCUCCCAUUAAGUAUAUGUAUUAUAUAAAUGAUGGGGUUUACGGAGCAUUCAAUUGUAUCAUGUAUGAUCAUCAAGAUGUUCAACCAAAGGUAUUGGUGAAAGAUAAAGUUUUUGUGUUUGGUAAGGAUUUUAGUGAGGAACCUCACUUCGAUUGUAGCAUAUGGGGACCAACAUGUGAUUCAAUUGAUUGUGUUAAGAAAAAAGGAAAUCUACCAAAAUUAGUACAGGGUGAUUGGUUGUAUUUUGAAGAGAUGGGCGCGUAUACGGUCUGCGCUGCUUCUAAAUUUAACGGUUUCAGGAAAAGUACUAUUGAGUACACCACCACUGAUACAGAUGUUUUUAGUUAUCUUUCUGUCUAUAGAGAGGAGAAUAUGAAAGGUGAAAAGAGGGGUAAUGAUAAUCAUGAUGUGCGGAGUGAUGAUAAAGAAGAAAAAAAUAAGAGAUUGAAAUUUCAAUAG